AUAAAAUAUUAGAAUUAGGAUUUUUCACAAACUAAAUAAAAAAUCAAGAAAUUUGUGCCUUAUUCUUUUCUUUAUGUGUAAAUAAAAUAUUACUCAUAGCUAAAAAAUGUUUGGGUGUUUUUUUGUGUUCAGUAGUAAGAAUAAAUUAAAAAGAUUAUUACUAUUAUUUUGGCAAAUCAUUAGAAUAAUAAAUGCAGAAACAUCAUUAGACUUAGGAGAUGAUUAUUCGUACAUAGGAUGCUUAGAGGAGAAUAUGCAAUUAUUACAGCAAACUGCGUUUGCAGGAAGUGUAAACCAAUGUAUUGAAAUUUGUGAGCAUACAUUUUUCCGGUAUGCAGUUUUAUCCCCUGGAGAUAAAUGUACAUGUAGUAAUCAUUUAGAUGCUGCCGAGUUAGAUAGAAGUCUAUGUAAUACACGAUGCAGUAGAAGAAAAAAUCAAAUAUGUGGGGGUGUUGGGGCUCAAAGCUAUUAUACAACUGGCUUGGCAGGUUUUCCAAAAGAUUUGCGAAUCACUAAUAAAUCAGAAAACAGUAUUGAAGUCAGGUGGACAAAAUCUAGUCAACAAGAGCAAGUAACUAGUUUUAUAAUAAAAGCUGUUGUUAUUAAAACAUUUGCGACAUACGCAAUUCUAAACAAAUUAGAAUGGACUGUGGAUCGAAACGAAGAUCAUUUCGAACUGAAUAGCUUACAUCCAGGAACAGAAUACAACAUAUCUGUAAACGCCUUAUGUGUUUCUGAAGAUUGCGGUAGCGAUUUCGUUAUUGGAGAAACUGACAUUGGAGAUCCAGAUCCUCUUCCACGUGAACCGAAAAUUGUUAAUCGAACAGAGACAACAUUGACAGUUGAAUUGUUACCUUCUAUUAAUAAUAAUGGCCCAAUUUCAUUUUACCGUAUUGUAGUCCAAUUUGUUGAUGAUAUUAUUAACCAACAAUUUAACGAGGAAUUGUUAGGAAACUACAAUAGAUCUCGUUUAGAUGGAAUACCUUAUUACAUUACAGCGGAGUUAAGAUUUUCUAAUAUGUCUCAAGAUUUCCAUGUUGGCGACGGUUUCUUUUAUAGAAGAUUUUAUAAUGCGCCGUUGCCUCCAAAAGCUCAUGUUCACAUAAUUUUAGGAAUUGUAAGUUCUUAUAACGGAAUUACAAAAAUUAAAUAUGCUCAAGCCACUCACGAACAGCACAAUCCUUUAGGAAUAAUUUUUUAUGAUAUGAUAGAUGACCAACAACCGUCACAAUUCGCACUAAUCGUUGCUUGUAUAAUAUUUGGAAUUUUGGUGAUUUUUAGUAUUUUGGCUUAUGGAAUACUGCAUUACAACACCCGAAAUCGAAGACAAAGAUUAUCCGAUACUCACGAAUUAACAGUCCAAACUCCGACACUUGAAGUGGAAAAUAGCGCUUUUACAUCAGAUGAAUACAGUAGGGGCAAUUUCAAAACGCAGCUUAAUGGAAUGAUAGAUCAUUUGGAUAGUUCACAAAAAUUUCCCAGAAAUGCAUUGCGACUAAAUGUUAACAACGUUAUUGGAAAGGGAAAAUUUGGAGAGCUUGUUACUGGGAAGCUUUACACUGAUGUGGAUACGUACAACUGUCAAGUACAUGUGAUAUGCGAUGACAUGGAAACUGAAACACAGAGUAUUUUCCUUAAAGAGUUCAGUCAAAUUAUCAAUUUAAUGCCACAUGAUAAAUUUUUAAACUUUUAUGGAAUAAGUGCUACUCCAGAUUGGUUUUAUAUUAUUUUUGAAAAUUUACCUUUGACAUUAAAAACUAAAUUAGUUGAAAGUCGGAUACCGUAUAACAUGGAUAAUCAUCGUUUUUCGGGUUUCUCUGAGGAAUUGGCAAUUCGAUGGAUAUAUGAAAUUGCAACAGCCAUGGAAUAUUUAGAAGUUAACAAAGUGGUUCAUAAAAAGCUAAGUUCAUAUAGUAUAUUUUUAACAGAAAAUGACAAAAUCAAAGUAAGCUUGUUUGGAGCAACAAAAAACAAUGAUGCAGGAAAAUCUAUCGAUAUUAUACGUUGGAUGGCUCCUGAAGUAAUUAGAUUUCAACAUUAUUCUAUAAAAGGCGACGUUUGGUCAUUUGCUUGUGUAGCAUGGGAAAUAUGUACUCUUGGAGCGACUCUAUAUGCAAAUGUAGUAUCCGGAGAUCUUUUUACCCAAAUCAAAAAUGGGUUGAGACCUGAACAACCAUCAUUUAUAUUUAAUGAUCUAUAUCAGUUAUUUUUAAAUUGCUGGCAAGUUGAACCAAAUGAAAGACCUGAGUUUGAAGAAAUCGCUUUUAAUAUUCGUCAAAUAUUAACAUCUCCAAGACACGCUUUGUCUUACGAUAGACAAGAAGGAUUAACAAUUCCAUAUUACUUACCACUGUUAGAAAUACAAAAUUAUGAGUAACAUAAAAAUAUUAUGAUUUGAAGUCUCCGCAUUCAAAAUUCAAAAAAAAAAUUGUUUAGAAAAUUUUUUUUUUCAAUAUUGUAUAUAUGUUUGUGUGCACAUAU